GGAGGUAACUGCCAUUAAGUUGUGUAUAGCAGCUUGUCGGAUCUAAAUGUGUCAUGUCUACUUUUCAUGUUUACGAGUAACAGAUCGUAACUGAAAGGCUGUCAUCUGAUACAUUUUCUGCAAACUCUCACCAAAGCAUCUAUACAUUACUUCAGCACAAUGUCGUCGUCUGGCAAGAAGUUGAUCAAUAAGGUUGAUGCAUGUGUAGACGAAUGCCUGGAUGGGUUGGUGGCGGUCAACCCCGGCCUGAAGAAGUUAUCCGGACACAGAGUCAUUGUUAGAUCGGACAUCGACUCGGUCAUCAGCAAGGGGCGGGUCGGUCUACUCUCGGGGGGAGGGUCCGGCCACGAACCCGCCCACGGAGGAUACAUUGGUGAGGGGAUGCUGAGUGCUGCUGUUGCUGGCGCUGUAUUCACGUCCCCACCCCCCAACAGCAUUCAGGCGGCUGUGAGAGCCAUCGGCAAAAACAACCCAGGUGGGGUGUUGAUGAUCGUGAAGAACUACACUGGCGACCGCCUCAACUUCGGACUGGCUGCCGAGAGGGCCAAGGCGGAGGGGAUCAGUGUCGAUAUGGUGGUGGUGGCGGAGGACUGCGCCCUGACAUCCACAGACAAGACAGCCGGCAGGAGAGGACUGUGUGGGACAGUCCUUAUACACAAGAUAGCAGGUGCCCUUGCUGAAGAGGGGAAGUCAUUGGCUGACAUUGCAACCAUUGCCAGAGAUGCUACUACCAAAAUGGGGACUAUUGGACUGUGUCUGUUUCCCUGCAGUGUACCUGGAUCCGGACCUUCCUUCCACAUCCAGGAUGACGAGAUGGAACUUGGCCUUGGCAUCCAUGGGGAGGCUGGAGUGAAGAGGACUAAGCUGGUGAGUGCAAAGGAGGCGGUCAAGCUGAUGCUGGACCACAUGACCAACCCCAAGACCACCACUCAUCUCCACCUGUCCCCAGGCGACCGUGUGGCGUGUAUGGUGAACAACUUGGGGGGUACUUCAGUCCUGGAGCUCACAAUUGUCACACGAGAGGCACUCUGCUACCUAGAGGGCAGAGGACUGAAAGUUGACCGCAUGUACUGUGGGACGUUCAUGACGUCGCUCCAGAUGGCGGGCGUGUCGAUCACCCUGCUCAAGUUGGAUGACACAUUGUGUCGCUGUCUAGAUGCUCCAACCUCCGCACCAGGGUGGUCGAAGCCGUACCUGCCCCGUGGAGUGACAGACAGACAGACACCAGGAGAGAUGGCCUGUGAUAACGCCAGCACUGUGGUCAGUGGUGGGGGGUCAGUCACCUUGUCAAAAGAGGAGGGUGGCGUGCUGUAUGACGUCCUGGCUGCAGUGAGUCUGUCUCUUAUGUCAGCAGAGAGUCAGCUCAACUCGCUGGACCGGGAGGCUGGGGAUGGAGACUGUGGGACCACGGUCAGUCGGGGGGCUAAAGCCAUCCUUUCCAAGCUCGCUACGAAGAACAACCCAGGGCUGCCGGUCACGAACCCAUCUUACCUGGCCCUGUCUUUGGCAAACAUUGUGGAGACGAACAUGGGGGGUUCGUCGGGAGCCCUGUACAGCUUGUUCCUGACAGCUGCGGCGAAGUGCCUGACUACAUCAGCAACAGCUGCAUCAUGGAGCGAGGCGCUGCACCAGGGCAUUCAGGCAGUCACUAGGUAUGGAGGAGCAGAGCCUGGGGACAGAACCAUGCUUGACGCCCUCUACCCCGCCAGUGUGACCUUGAAGGAACAGCUGCCCAAGUUGCCUCCCCUGGAAGCAUUUGCCAAGGCUGUCCAGGCAGCGCAGCAAGGUGCAGAUGCUACAGCCAGGAUGAAGGCAGGGGCGGGCAGGGCCAGCUACGUGGAGGCGUCGAGACUCACCCAGCCUGACCCCGGGGCUGUUUCUGUCACCAUCUGGCUGAAGGCAGCACUCGACAAACUCACACCAUAAUGACAUAGGAAACAUGCCAAUGAUAAAGAUACAGUCGUAUUAAUGUGAAGUAUUAUAUUAUCAGGGGUUAAAUAUGAUCCAGUGCUUUUUAUUUCAAUAUUUUGGGAUCCCAUUUAUUUUUUGCAUUUAUACCAAGGAGAAGUCUCUACCUGGGUGUAAUGUACCAGGUGAUUAUUGGAGACCUAGCACCAAAUAGUGUCCAGGCUAUUAUUUGGAGCUUUCUUCAGACUGGCACUUAUCAUCUUCCUGAGGCAAGGGAGUUAACUGACUACAAUAGUCCAGUUUCCACCCUUGCCGAACUUGGAGUUCCAUAUUGGCUGGACUAACGAGUCUAUGCAUAGUCCAAUCAAAAUAGCACAAUGAA